AUGACAGAGAAGCCCAAAAAACAGCCGUCGCUUGUCAAAAUUCCUUCUCGCACGUCUUCCAACCUGAGAUCCGCCGAACCUGCCAACGCACCUCCUGUACCAACCGCACCUGAUGACCCACCCCCGUCGCCUAGGCGAGGCUCGAAACGAAGUCUACUCAGUAGAAGCAGGAACAAUAGCAGAGGUAGUCGAAGGUCAUUCAGAGGAGCUCGGCCGGCGGAGAAUACCAAAGAACCCGUACCGCCUCUUCCUCAAACCGCGGCUCCCAAAAUCGAGAAGAAAGCUCGUAGCGGAUUGCUCGCCCUCUUGAACUGUUGCAGUCCCACCGAAUAUCCUGAUGACACCAAAUCAGACGACCCCGAUAUUGCAGCCAAGAAGAUUAAGAUCCAGCCCCAGCUUCAAAGGACGUCCAGACCGCAAGAACAGAAUGAGGUCGUGGAGAACGAGAAGACUUCGGAAGGCAACACCGCAGUGGAUGAUGCAACUGCACGAGGCAAAGCUGGAGAGGAAGAGAAAGCAGAAAUAAUGGAGAAGAAGGAGCCUGACGACUCCCGACCGAGGAUAUCGCGGGAGGAAGCAUAUCAUGAAAAGGUCACGCUUCCUGGCACGAGCGGGACAAUGCCAUCUUCGACUCUCACUGAAAAAGAUGUGGGAUCCCACGGCGAUGAGGACCAGAUCAAAUCAACUACUAUCACCAUGCCUGAACCAUCUUCCAAACCGGAUGUCAAUGUGAUAGCAGCCACACCCACCGAUGCAGAGCAUCCUGUGGAGCCGCAACGAUAUAAGGGCGAUGAGAAGACAGCUUCUGAUGUGGAGAUGUCAGAGGCCCCUCCUGCUGUUCCAGUGGUUGAUGAAGAGCCGUUGGACGAGCCACCUCAGCCUGCAGAACUGCAACCACAAGUGCCUCUCCCUCCUCCGCCGCCAUUGUCCAAACGACAAGAGCAGUUUGCGCCCAAGGAAGUUCCCCCGGUCCCAGAAGCAGCACCGGAGAAGCAAUCAUGGCUUCUACCUCCUGUACAGCCCCAUCUAAAAGGACGAAAGUGUUUGAUUCUCGACUUGGAUGAGACCCUGGUACACAGCAGCUUCAAGAUCCUAAACCAAGCCGACUUCACCAUCCCCGUCGAAAUUGAAGGCCAGUAUCACAAUGUCUACGUGAUCAAGAGACCAGGCGUAGAUACAUUUAUGAAGAGAGUUGGGGAGCUGUACGAGGUGGUGGUCUUUACUGCUUCUGUAUCAAAAUAUGGCGACCCACUACUAGAUCAACUAGACAUUCACCACGUUGUUCAUCACAGGCUCUUCAGGGAGAGCUGUUACAACCACCAAGGAAACUAUGUCAAGGACCUGUCACAAGUCGGCCGAGAUUUAAAGGAAACUAUCAUCAUUGACAAUUCUCCCACAUCUUACAUUUUCCACCCGCAACACGCUGUUCCAAUAAGCUCCUGGUUCUCGGAUGCACACGACAACGAGCUGCUGGAUCUAAUACCAGUCCUGGAAGACCUGGCUGGACCGCAAGUCCAGGACGUAAGCCUGGUCCUGGACGUGGCUCUGUGA